UGCCCACGAACAAUGGUGCAGGGAAUACUGGCGUCUUCAGUCAAACCCCAAGCAGGCUCCAACAGAGAGGAGGCUGACUCUCUAGACAGGUGGUAUGCGUCCGCUAGUAGAGUUAAACACUGGCCGAACUGCUGCUUGUUGAUUUUAUUUUUAGUUUUCCCCUUUGUUUCCAAUCUCUUUUUCCGUUUUGUUUGCACCCUUUUCCCAGACGAGCCUGUGUUACUUACUGUCCAGGUGCUCUGAUGCUGUCAUGUUUGAUAUCUUAUAGUUCAGUGCAAAUGUUUUGAUACAAGUUGGCUAUUAUUAUUAUUUUCUCUUCUUAAAUUGUCGCUGAGGUUUGGGCUGGCAGGGAGGGAGGGAGGGAGGGAGGGAAUGGGGCUGUAAAACACUGGUCAUUGCAUCUGUAAACCUAUUAUGCUUUUGUAUUGUAUUGUAAUUAUAUAUUAUUUUUUUAAAAAAAGAUGUAAAUUUUCCUGACUAUCAUGCACAUCAAAAGGCCCAGGUCUUUUGUUUGGACUUUCAAAAGUUGGAUCUUCAUCAUUGCCUUCCAGAACAAAAUGACUUCAAUUGUUGUUGAAUUAGAAUGUUUAAUUCUCUGCUGGAAUUAUUGCUGUCUGAUAAAAGUGGGGAAGUUGGGGGGAGGGAAAAGUCCAAGAUCUUAUAUUGCAUAACCACACUUUUCAGUUGUUUCCAGAUGCUGUCCUUGAUCAUUUUAGCUCUUGUAACUCUGGGAUGCCACCACAAUUAGUUCAUUUUGGUGUGUCUUCUAACCUAAACUGAAGUAGCUCCAUUCAAAGGAAUUACAUGAACGACAGCCUGCGGACGGAUGUUUUUUUGCGAUAUCAACCGGAGACGAUAGCUUGUGCCUGCAUUUACCUUGCUGCUCGGACUCUUCAGAUUCCUCUCCCAAAUCGUCCUCACUGGUUUCUUCUCUUCGGGGCUACCGAGGAGGAAAUUCAAGAAGUCUGCCUGAAAAUUUUGAAACUCUACACAGUGAAGAAGAUGGACCUGGCCAUCCUGGAAAACCGGGUUGAGCAGCGGAGGCUGGCCAUGGAAGAGGAAAAAGCCCAGGCCAAGGGCCUCGUGCCAGAGGGAACGCCCCAUCUUUCAGUGUCCGGUUUUUCUCCCGUCCCCAAACCAGAAUCUCCAAAAGACACCAAAGGCAGCAUUAAGCCUUCUCCGCUGGCUGCGCAGGUGGUCAAAAACGCAAAGAGGAAGACUGAAGGGACGAAGAGAUUGAGGUCAAAAAGUCCGAUUAAUGGGGUUCAGAAAGGCCGCGACAGCAGGAGUCGCAGUCGAAGCAGAGAGCAGAGCUAUUCUCGAUCCACGUCGCACUCCCCUUCCCCCAAAAAGAGGAAAAGUGAAAGCUAUUCCACCUCCAGCUGCUCCAAGUCGCACAGCCGUUCGAGGAGCCGCAGCGAUUCGCCUCCCCGCCAGUUCGGCCACACGGCCUCCUGCAGUUACCAAAGCUCCAAGCUGCGAAACUACAAGAAGGAGAAGGAAUACAACAAGUACGGCUCUCCCAAAGCCCGGCGGUCCCGCAGCCGCAGCUCCUCGAGGUCCCGCAGUCGUUCGCGGGAACGCUCUGAGCACACCGGCAAGUACCGGAAGAAGAGCCACUACUGCAGGGAUCAACGGCCCGAGCGGCACCACCCGUACGACAGGCCGAGCCAUCACUACGAUAGAGAUCACCCCAGCCACAACCGACACCGGAGAUGAAGUCAGACAACACAGCCAAAGCUCUGUAUACUCUCCCGGCCUCAGCCAAGCCCCCCUUUUGCCUAAGGCCGGACUCUGGAGCCUUACAUACACCUUCACUUAAGGGCAUGGACCUUUUGCAAGGGCGAACGAGGAGGAUUGAGGCGGGACCCUCUUUGGCUGCUUCCACCCUUGUCUCGAUAUAGGGCUGUUCCUUGUCUGCUGGGUUUUGUGUCUGCUUCCUGCUGGUGUGAUGUCCCUUUGAGCUGUCGAAGCAGGGAUUGUGACCUGCGUCGGAUCCUAUGGAGGGGAAACCUCAGGACACUGUUCAGAGGGUUGAGAUUCCCUUUCUCCUCCCUUCCCAACUUUUUAUGAAAUAUUUCUUUCUCUCUCACCACAGAGGAUCUUGGAAGGUCAAACACCACCACCCACCUACCCAAAAAAACCACCAAAACAAACCAUUUUUUUGCUUGGUGCUAACAGCGUUUUCCUUUCUCUCUUUUUUUCCCCUGUUCUCUUUUUUUUUCUUACAGUGAACCUGUUUGCAUUGUUCUUACAGAAAAGGUGAUUUCUGGAUUCUUAAAAUCUAGUGCCUAUAUUAGGCCGUCUCGGAGGGAAGAAGCAUCUGAUGAUGAAAUGGGAAGGAUGGAGAAAAAGCUUUAACCCCUUUCAAAGUGCAGAUCUGUUUCAAGUAAUCUUUGGAACUAGGAACCCGCAUCCUGAGAAUGCAAAUGUUUAUGUUCCUUAACUGGAGGUUUUUUUCUCUCCCCCCCACCGGCCUACUACUACUUAUUAUUGUUAUUAUUUUUUAUCCCCAGCAGAAAGAACAAUGGAAUAGUAUUUAAAUUCCACCUGUUGAAAGUGUGUUUUUU